AUGGAUGCAGCGGGAAGCGGCCGGACUGGCCAGGACCUGGAUGAAGGUGAACUUGAGAGGAUCCGGCAAAGGAUCCUGCGUGAAGCGGAGGAGAACUUCAAGCUGGAGAUCAGGAAGCUUCGUGGUGAGGUGAUAGAGCAGCUUGUGGAGCUACUGCAACUCCACUUCGGGGGAUUGGUCAUGGCUUGGCAGCGAUGUCAACUCCUGGACAAGGAGAUCGCGGUGGUGCUGUGGUCAAUGGGUGGUCUUCCUGGUGCUGGAGCUCAAGGUGGUUUUGGGGAGUCGCUGAAGAGCCAGGAGCUCCCAGCCAUGCCGGCUCCGGGUGUGGAAGGGGCUUCAUUAGCCUUUGGAGACUGGCUUGCACUGGCCAGUCCACAAAUGUCAGACAUUGGAGCUAUAUCCCGGGAUUGGUGGAUCUAUGUCCUACAGCAGGUGGAGGAGCACUAUGAAAGAUGGUUGGUGUCUGGUCCUGUGGAUCGCCUUCGCCUACGUCCUGGU